ACGUGGUGCUCUCAUGUCCUUCGAUUUCGAGAAAUUUUUUUUCCGGUGCCGAUCUAUUGUAUGACCUUUUUUUAUGUAUCGCUCCUCUUUCUCCUCGUUUUAUCCCGUUAUUUUCUAAUCUUCCGACUUAGUUCCAACUUGGGAGUUUUCAGAAAAUUGCCAUGGUCAGUAGUAUUUUACACUGUUAGGUCGCGUAAAUACAAUAGGAUUGUAUCGUGUAUACGGUGAAUUAUGGGUCCGUUCGUUUUUUUUUUUUUUUUGUUACUUUCUACAGUAAUUUUUUUUAGAAUUCUUUCCCUCGCUCUUCUUCCAUACUCGAUGGCUAAACGUAUGCUCAGUUCGUUUUAAAUGUUGAAUGUGUAAGCAAGAGCAGCUAAAAAGAAUGGAUCUCAUGGCUGAGUCAGGAAGUUACAAAAAUGGAGCACGCAAGAUGCAGGAACCGUCGUUCCCGCGCCGAAAAGGGCUCCUCACCCCAGUGUCGGUGUUGGUGCUGCUGAUACUACCAUUGGUCGAUCUACCCUCUGCAAACGGAUCUUGUGUGUUUCCAUCAAGUUGGACGGGAGAAUGGUACCAGUAUGGGAAACCCGUAUUCGCUAUAAAUACAACCGUUCUCGGAGAUAGAGUCUGCGUCGAAAGAACAGAUGACAAAUAUGUCGUUCUUUAUAGCACCGAGAACUGCUAUCAUUGUAUGAUUAUCAACGGACGACAUGAGAACGUUAUUCAAUAUCGUGAAGGCCCGUGGUGUAGCGCGGAACGAACAAGUUUGGAAGAAAUGUGCGGUACGAUCACCUCAGAUGACAUGCUGUAUUCGAUGUUCCGCAUGAACUCCAAACCGAUAGCCUGCCCAUUCAGCGGGUCGUCGUUCACAUUCACGUAUAAUCGAGGUUACGGCGAAUGUACAAUGCCUAUAAGUCUCGCGGAGAAAUGUACAGACGAGAGUAAGCUUCUUCUCAAGUACCAGGCCUGUCCGGACGUCGAAGGGACCGAGAGUAACACCGAGGAACUACAAUGCCUUGCCGUUUGGAACGAUGGCCGAAAUAAAUAUCUGGUGGGAACCCUGAGAGGGAGAAGCGUUCUGAGUGCAAAGAUGUACAGGUGUUUUCUGUACGAAGAAAAGCCUCAUCAUCAAGGAAAAAUGAUUUAUUUGCUUGCCCAAUCUGGCGAUCCGACUUGCAAUGGUUUAACCACCGUUUCUGAGGGUUCACCCACCAUAAAGCUUACUAAAGUCGAUAAAGAACACAGUAGAUGUAAAUAUCCGGUCUGGGUAACUGAGCACCAUGACUGGCACUCUCUCGACGGUACGAAGGACUAUCACUUCACGAACAAGAAUUCCACUCUGAAAAUAAAGGCGCAAGCGCAGGAUGUCAAUGGCGAAGCGUUCCAUGAGGAAAAAAUCGUUUGUCAUAAUUUAGAAAAAUUGUAUCCGAACGAAAGCAUGGGGAAUAAAGUGAAACUAGUCGCUCAUGUCACCAGCGGCUGCGACAUUGGUUACGUUUGCAUGAUAUUCCACAAAAGAGACAGUCGUAUUAUUGAGAUACAGCAAUCAGAUCAAAAAGCGAUUAUGCCAGACGAGGCGUGCUCCAUCUCCGAUCCUUCCACGAUGCCGUAUACGACCUUAAUAACCACGUCUUUGCAUCAGAGAAAAUGUCCUAAUCCAGGACGAUACGAAAUUAUGGAUUUUGCUCCAUCGGAUAUGUUAUCAGCUCCCAUGUCAAGGCGACAGCGGCGUAGUGACUUAUCGAGGACGACCAAAAGGCGAAUUUGGCAGGACAACACCGAGGAUGCGGAGUGCAGGAGUACGGACAUUCAAGUAGGCUGUUCCUCGUCCGAUCAAACUGAAAUGAUAAUCGCCAAUACAUGCGAACACGAAGAGAUUGCCUAUUUUUGUCACGGCAGUUGGGAGGAGAAAGGAAUGUGGUACACGAUAGCGUCGCAACGGAAUUCCGAAUUGCAAGCCAACCUAGGGCAAACGUUUUGUUUUUCUAUGCGUCUUGAAGGUGUCAGAGACAGAGUCUUGGGAAGAGGCGGCAGGCAGAAGCAACAAGAGCAAGAAUUAUGGCUGUCUAGGCCAUCGCGUACUUGUCAGAGAGAAUCCAAGGAUGAAGAUACAUAUAGACUGUCAAAUCGAGGGGUGUGUGAAGAUUUAACAAAGGCAGCUAAUAACGCAGCGUUUGCUCCAUCGUUGUCCCAGUCUUUGUUUACCUUAAGUACAGCAGCUUAUGCCGUUAUUAAUACGCUACGCGUAUUACUCUGGAGAUGAUCUGCAGCUAUUACAUAAGAACUUGAGGUACUACAAUUUCCAGCACGACUUCUCAGGUAUUGCGUGUUUCUGGAAGUGUAUAUAGCUUACAUACAGUUUGAUAGCUAUUGAACGAUAGACGAGCUGUCAGUACGUAAGAACGAUGUGGGAAGCGUGCAGCUAAUAAUUAUUAUCGAUAUAUUCAUUUCCGUUUCGUUGAAACAGCAGCCUAAUCAUGCAAAUUAGUAAUCACGAUUGUUCCCAACGAGACUAUUUGUAUAUGUUCGCGAGUUUUGUACACAAUUAUUUUUUAUAACAUAAUUUAUCGUAAUUUAUCGCGAACUGUGGUAUUCUAAACAUUUGCUUUAGAAUAUAAAAUUGUUUUAAAAUACACAAUACGAAAUGGUAUUUGGUACUUCAAACAAAUUUAUGUCGCGUACAUAUGCAUUUUAAAUAUUCUAUUCUAUCUCGGAUAAUACUUUUGAGAUUACGAAAGUGUGUAGUUUAUACGACAGCCUCGAAUCACGACCACUUCUGAAUAUCUAAACUCGAAGACUCACAUGUAUAUUCUUAAGUACUACCGCGCUACUGUAAAUACGACCAGGGUAUAAGUAAUCGAGAUAUUUCAAUUGAGUUAUUUUCGAUUGAAAAUUGGGAUAUGCUGUGUAAUUACAAUUUGACAGAUUGAACUCGUAUUUAAUAUAAAAUAAAGCAAGAGACAUAGGUUUUAUCUUUUAGCUAGUAUAUAUAAUAAUUGUACAUAAUAUAAUUGAAAUAUUGUAUAAAGACUGUUUUUAAAAGAGUAUAACAGUAUACCGCUCACGAUAUUGCAUAUUGUCACUGAAAGUGCGUGCAUUUUCAAGAACAUUCUCGAGAUCGGCCUCGCAAUCGAAGAUCCGCGUACGUAUGACACUCGUGUUACAUUAUCAUUUAUAAGUUCAUGAAUCGGAAUAACUUAAAGAAUAGAAAAAAUUUAGCAAAUAAAAAAAAAUUAUUUCAUGUCAGUUUCUAUAAAAAUCGAAUAUGCAUCAAUACGAAAUUUAUCAAAAAACUGGAACUAAACAAAAUUUAAGCUUCAAGCUUACAAUUCUAUCAAGACAAUUGUUAAAAAAUAUCAAUUUUUUAAUUAUUACUUGUAUAACUCAGGAUUUGUUCAUUUAUAUGUAGUGGUUUUAUUCUUUAAUUUAUUAAUUAAAUUUUUUUUUGUCGCGUAGUUCUUGUUUUUUAAAUUUGAUUAUAUUAUAUACUGACAUCCGUUAAUUGCUUCUUUUGCUCUUUUUAAUUUUUGUUUAUCUCUCUGGAGCUUUUCUAUAUUGUAUCCAAUAUUUUAAAAUUGCAUAGUAUAGAAGAGGUACAUUUCCCUUGACACAUUUUUCUCCGGAGAUUAUUAUCUUGUGAUUCUGAAAUUAAUAAUUUUAAAGCAUCUUUGGAAAGUUGAAGGUAAAAAUCAUUGCUUUAUCACAUUGAUAAACUUAUCGAACGACGUUGUCGCAUCGUCGAAGAUUUUCGAUAGGCCUAACAUAUAGAUGACUGAGUGUGGUACAUUUGCGGAUGCAUUAAAACACGCACUCGUCGCGUGUAAAUAUACAUAGUGCUUUUGCAUUUCUGACACAGAGCUAGUGGAUGUUGGAAUAAAUCAAUCGCAAAUCUCGCUACCUCCUAUUUAUCAUUGACGUUAUCACACACAAUUCGACAUAUGUAUCGCAAUUUAAAUGUAUGGCCUCUGCAUCGGUUUACAUCGUCGUGCUCGAAUAUCGAUCAAGUUUCGAUCCGCGCCACGCUGGAUUCAUAUAUCACGAUGAGAUAUUUCCUUUUAAAUACUCGGUGAUACAUUUUUUUGACAAUUUAAUACGUAUAUAAUCUCUUGCAAAUGUAACUGUACAAAUGCGUACUGUACAAAUAUCAACGAGUCAUUCGUGUGUUUUCUAUUGCAUUUUCGAAAAUUAAGAUAGCGUACAAUUCUCACUAACGAUACUUACAUAUAAUCUGAAAAUUAAUAUUUACAUCGUGUGUAAAUCGGAUGAUUUCGAGAAAUAUAGUUUGUAUCUUUAUCGUAACUCUCUAUAUUUCUUAUAAUUUAUAUUAUUUGGAUUUUUAUAUGGAUGUUGCAACACUCAUUGUUACUUUUUGAUUGAAAAUUUGAUCUAUUUCGUGUUUCAAAGUAUUUUCAUAUUAGCGGCAGUGUGUGUGACGGUAUUAAUAAUAAAUCAUAGAUUUUCAUUGCCAACAUUUUAGCCGAGGAGAUAAUAUGGCUGGGUUGAUAAGAUUUAAAAAUACUAAUUUGUAUAGCGUUGAUUAAAUAACAUCCUGGAAUCUGUGAAAUUUGUACUGAUUCGUGUAUGAAACAAGAAUAACAUAAUAAUCUAUACAAUAUUACGAACGAGGGAGGGAAGCCGAGAAUACGGUCCAUCACGUGAAGCUCAAUAAUUUUCUAUUUUUAUCAAAUGGCACUUUCACAUACGUACUACACACACACACACACACACACACACUGCAAUUGUACAUAUAUAAAGUUUUAUUGAUCAUAUGCGUAUAUAUGUACACACAGAUAUAUAUUGCAUAUAUGAAGCCACACGUGUUAACUAUAGGGGAAGCGAAGAAGCGAUAGAAGAAAAAAAGUACGUAGAGGAACUCGUGGAUACACAUUUUAGUACGUAUUUCGUCAUCCAUUAACUCUGUGAUAUCAAUCUCAUAUACGCGUAAAUGUGACAGCCAAAAGAGAAACGAAACUGAACUCUAAAAACACAUUUUUAUUGUAUAUAUCGUAUAUUUUCUAAAUAAUGGACUGUUCCGGAAUUCAGGAGAUUUGUUGAAGUAAGCGAAAGUGUAUGGAUUCGAAUUAUAUUAAAUAUUUGAGCAUUUAAAUAACGAAGACAGAUUCUUAUUUUUAUACAGAUAGGAUGGACUUAUCGCGAUGUCCUAAUCUCCCUACACACACGAAACUUCACACGAUAAGCGAAAACGUAGUCAUAUACAUACGAGUAGAUAUUUUACGUAAGUUUUGUAAUUACUGCAUUUUUAUAUCGUUAGCAUCUCAUCUCCGAAAGCAAGAAGCAAUUCUCGACUGUAGACGCCUAGUUCAUUGCCGUCGCAAACAUUUUUUAUUAUAAUUAUUAAUAUUUUCUCAGCAUAUAUAUUAUAUUAAUAUUUUAUUAUAUUUUUUGUACGACUCUAUUGUUUUAUAUAUAUAUAUACAUAUAUACUAUUUUGAGAGACACGAGAUAUCUAAUAAUAGUGACACAGUGCAGGCCUUGUUACUUUAUGCGCGUUUGAAAAUGCGAAACAGAAACGACAACCGAUAUGCCUUAAAUAUACAAUUUCUAAUGCCUUAUGCGAAUCACAAAAGUAUGAACGGUCGGUUACUUUUACACACUGGAAUGAUCCCGUGUACGAUUUUCUUUGACAAAAUUCCACAGGACUGAUACACAUUGCGUGCGUGCGUAUAUUAACGAUAUUAAAUUAUCACAUCUACACACAGCGUGAACGUACGAUCCCCCCAUAUAGUCGAUACGACUGUAUUGAAUUCCGGAAACAGAUAUUACACGAUGUAACUUUAAUACUUCUAAAGUAAGCUCUAAUUUGUAAGGUGUGGAAAUGAGUAAUUGAAAGUCGCGAGAGAAACGCUCGCGCGAAAACGAAAGGGAGAGACACGAAAGAGAGAUGAUAACUCACGAGUUUUGUACAUCCACAUGCGCACACAUAUAUUUUGUUUAUUGCUGUGAUGAAUUAUGUAAUUAUAAAUAUUAGCGUAUAAGGCGAUUUGAAAAUGCGGCUUUUCUUGCCAUUCAAAUAUAAUUGCAAGCAUUAGUCAUACUUCUCCCCUCCCCCGCUGUUCGAAUAUAAGCCUCUUUGAAAAACCUUACGGUUACGGAACAAGACGACCUAUUUAUCCUCGAUGUAUUUAAUUGUACGAUAUUUACGGCAUACUUGUAAAGCGCCUUGGAUAAACGACUCGUCCAGAAGGCGAUUCGCCGCAACGACAAUUUCGUACAGGAAAAAAAAGAUCUGAUUUAUUUUGCUACACGCGUGCGGGAAUUAUGCGAGAACAAACUACGAGUGUAUAUGUUUAUCCUCGCGCGAAACUGACACGGUACUUACUCAACGAUGCUAAUAUAACAGGGAGACUUUUCUUAAUAAAUAAAAAGAUUAUUGCCAACA